AUGCAGGUUUUUUGGGCUAAGGUCUUCAUUCUGCCCAAGAGAGUUAUCCAUUUGAUUGAACAGAAACUCAAAAGGUUCUUAUGGAGUGGCAGAUACUCUAAGGCUCAUGCUAAGGUGGCUUGGAGUAAGGUGUGUCUUCCCAAGAGAGAAGGGGGUCUUGGGAUUAAAAGCAUUGCAGUUUGGAAUCAGGCAUCAAUGCUUAAUCAUAUAUGGAAUUUAUUCUCAAAAGCUGGCUCUUUAUGGGUAGCAUGGACUAAAGCUAACUGGCUGAAUGGUAGGAAUUUUUGGACGAUUCCUAUUCCAACUUCAUGUUCUUGGAGUUGGAAGAAGAUCCUCAAGCUCCGAGACAUAGCCAAGAGUUUCAUCCAAUUUAAGGUUGGGAAUGGUUCUAAGGUGUUCUUGUGGCUGGGUCAUUGGCACCCUGCAGGCUACCUUCUAGAUAAUUUCGAUUAUAGAAUUGUUCAUGAUUCUGGCUUUUCCCUGCAUUCCAAGCUAGAUGUUAUUAUUAAGAAUGGUGAUUGGUUCUGGCCUCAUGCCCGAUCAGACGGUCUUGUAGAGGUACAAAGUAAGCUACAUACAGUUGAUAUAGGUGAUUCUGAUGAGCUCGUGUGGAAUUCUCGAAGUGGCAUUUACAAGUGUUCGGAUACCUGGGACAAGCUGAGAGAGGUGCAUCCGAUAGUCAGGUGGUGGAAGAUUGUUUGGUCUCCCACUUCUAUCCUCCGUCAUUCCUUCAUUCUUUGGCUAGUUUUCCGGGAUGCUUUGGUCAUAAAACAACGUAUGAGUGGUUGUGGCUAUACAUGA